CAGCUAGUUCUUUAGAUCUAAUAAGCUCUUUAUAAAUUCUGCAUUUCUUAUUAACCUUUCCCACAGCCCCAAACAACACACACACACAGACAAGACCCAGCAAUUAGCUCUACAGUUGAGAACAGAGUUGAAGUUAUGGGCAUUUCAAACCUUCUCUGGGUAUCCUCCCUUCUUGUUACGAUGCUAUGUGUGAGCAAUGGGCAGCCAUUAGUUCCUGCUUUGUUCAUAUUUGGAGAUUCAGUGGUGGAUGCUGGCAAUAACAACCACCUCUACACCAUUAUCAAAGCCAACUUCCCCCCUUAUGGAAGGGACUUCAUCCAUCACGAGCCAACUGGGAGGUUCUGCAAUGGAAAGCUUGCCUCAGAUUUCACUGCUGAGAACAUAGGUUUCACCUCAUACCCACCAGCCUAUCUCAGCAUCGAAGCAACAGGAAGGCACCUCUUGGUUGGAGCCAACUUUGCCUCAGGCUCUUCUGGCUACUAUGAAGGCACUGCAAAACUCUAUCAUACCAUUCCAUUAAGCAAGCAGCUGGAAUACUACAAGGAGUACCAGAAGAAACUGGUGCAGAUUGCCGGAAAAGCCAACGCUUCAUCCAUAAUCUCCGGUUCAAUCCACCUUCUCAGCUCUGGAAGCAGUGACUUUCUUCAGAAUUAUUAUAUCAAUCCUCUCCUCUACAAGGUCUAUACCACUGAUCAGUUCUCAGACAUCCUCAUUCAAUCUUAUUCAACUUUUGUUCAGGAGCUGUAUGGACUGGGAGCAAGGAGGAUUGGGGUGGCGACGCUGCCGCCGCUGGGGUGCCUGCCCGCAGCCAUUACUGUGUUCGGCGGUGACAGCAAUGAGUGUGUGGCCAAGUUGAACAAAGCUGCAAUCUCAUUCAACUACAAGCUCAAUUUCACUUCCCAGAAGCUUCAAGCCAAGCUCUCCAACCUCACUCUGGUGGUCUUGGACAUCUACCACCCUCUCUAUGACCUUGUCACUAAGCCUGCCGAUUUUGGCUUUGCAGAGGCAAGGAGAGCUUGUUGUGGAACAGGGCUGCUAGAGACGUCAGUAUUGUGCAAUGCAGAGUCCCCUGGAACCUGCAAGAAUGCAUCAGAAUACGUCUUCUGGGAUGGCUUCCAUCCCACAGAGGCUGCCAACAAGAUAUUGUCCGAUGAUCUGCUUGCCAGCGGCAUCGCCCUCGCCUCCUAACUCCUAAUUCAUCAUCUUAAUCAUAACCAGCAUGUCCUAGCUAAUUAAUUGAGUUUUCUUUUCACGUUCUUGUGAUGAAAUCUUUGCUCGUAAGAUGGUUUCAAUUGAAAUAAUUAGAGAUGAAAGAUGUGUCUGUUGAAGUUGAGGCAAAUAGUAAAAGUCACCUUAUUAUUACAAGUGUAAUUAGGGGCGGAGUCAAAAAUUUAUGUAGGUGAAGGUUGAAUUUUUAUUUCUUUGAGAUAUAGGACUGGACAUCACCAAUUUUG